AUGAAUGGCGGACAGGAGAUACGGUCACGCAACCGUUUUCAAUUUCUUCUAGCAGCCUUCGACCCCAACGCAGAGAGCAACUUCCAUUGCGAGAAACGGAUUGCGAUUGGUUUAGCUAGGUUCACGGCUAUUCUUACUGAGUACGGCUUUUUUUGUCAUUCCUUCAAUUCCAAGUUGUUCUUAGUGGCGACGUGGUUUUGCACUUUGAAACUGGAGUCUGACACAUCUAUCCCACGAUCCACCUAUGCCAUGCCGCCAUUCACGCGCAGAACCUGUCCUGAGACCCAGCCACUAGCUGGGGAGCUGAAAAACGCCAUGACCUCCCCAAUCUCCUCGGGUUUAGCUAAGCGUCCUAGCGGGCUAAGAUUUUUCAUGGCAUUUAGCACCGGUUCUGGCUUGCCUCGCGUGAAUAAGACGGUGUCGGUCGGACCCGGGGCGACGGCGUUGAUGGUGAUUUCCCUGGGGCCCAGCUCCUUAGCCAGAACUCGGACCAUCUGUUCGAUGGCACCUUUCGUGGUCAAGUAA